UCCUCAGACUGCAAGCAAACAAAUAAAGAUAAAUAGCUUUUUUUUUGUGUCUGUCUGCUUUAAUAAAAAAAUAUUUAAAAAACACAAAUAAGAGAGCAGCCAGGCACAUUUCCCUCUCUCAAUCUUCUUGAUCUUUAUUAAUUAAUCCAAAAAAAAAAAAAAUCAGAAAAAUGGGGAUGAAGAAGGUUGCCUGCGUCGCUAUUGUCUACGCUGCCGCCUCAUUGAGCGCAGUCUUGGCCGCCGAGGAGGCUGUUGCCGCCGCCGCCCCAUCGCCGCUCGCCGCCGCAGCCGGAGCGGGAUUGGAAGCUGCUGCUGGCGAACCCGCUGCCGGGCCGGCAGGCGGUGCUGCACCCACCGCCGAGGCACCACACAGCGCUGCCGUCGCCGCCACCGGCUUGCCGUUCAUGGCUGUUUCCCUCGUGUCCACAUUCGUUGCCUACUUGUUGCAUUAAUUUAAUUAAUUUAAUUUUCCAUUAUAUAUGGAUCGUUAUGUAAUUUGGUCCAGGUUCCAGAAUGAAUUCAUUUGUGAUGUGGAAUUUGUAAGCGGCUUGCGCCAUAUCGAUCUUUAAUUUCCCAAUUUAAUAUAAAUUUCAGUUUUAAUUUCUUCUUUAUCGAGCACAACUUAUAAUUGUAUGAUAAUAAUAAUAAAAAAACUCUUAUAAUGUUAUAUUACGCGAGCAAAAUAGAAAUAAAAAUACGAGGAGAAAUAAAUAACGAACCAUUUGACAAAUGAUUAUGCAUAAUGUUAAACUAUAUGAUUAUAUCAACUAGAGAGUUACUCAACAACUAUGUUGAAUUCCUAUAUCAUUAUAGUCAAAGUGUAAUGAUGUUUUUUUAUUAUAUUAAUGUCUCUUGGUCUUUCAAGGUCAUCCAAAUGAAUGACGAUACAGGGGUGGGAUACGGUCACAUCCCCUAAGAGGGAUGUGAGAUUCACAUCCAAGGACAAUUUGGGUAUGAAAAAAAAAUACAGAAUUUAUUAUUUAUUUAUUUUUGUAUUAAUUACAGAUUGGGAAUUAAAAACCCAGAUUAAAUACUUUUUUAAUUCAAAUCCUACAAUUAAUACGCUUAUAUCUCUCUCUUUCUUUUCCAGCAACCUAUUCACUCCGACCACCAAAGUUUCUCUGGCCGACGAAUUUUUCCGGUGAAAUCCUCCAAUCAGACUCGCUCCGGCCAACUGCAAAAAAAUCACUCUGUCGGUGUGCUAGUGGUACUGAUUUUCAUCUAGUGGUACGCUACCAGUAGUUGUGGUACGUACUAGUGGUAGUGGUACGCUACAAAUACCACUCGUACCGCUACCAGUGAGUAGUGGUACGCUACCACUACCACUGGUACCGCUACCAGUGAAUAGUGGUACGAUACCAGUACCACUGGUAGCGUACCACUAGACAGAAAUCAGUACCACUACUCACUGGUACCGCUACCACUGAGUGCUGGUACGCUACCACUAGACAGAAAUCAGUACCACUAGAGAAUAACAUAAAAAAACAAGAUCUGGAAUCUGGAAAAUCCCAGAUCUGGAAAAAAAUUAAGGAAAGGAGAAGGAAGGGGAGAGGUUGUUACCUAGCGGCGGCGGCUGAGGAGGACGGCGGGAGAGAGAUGGCGGUGACAGGAGUUGGAGGGAGGAGAGAGGGUUGCGAUGGUGGGAGGCGGAGGACGCGCCGGCUGCGAUGGUGGGAGGCGGAGGACGCGACGGCUGCGGAGGGAGGGAGAGAUGGUGGCGGUGGCGACGGGAGGGAAAGACGACGACGGUGGCGACGGGAGGGGGAGGCGGCAGCGGCGGCGAUGACAACGGGAGGGAGAGACAGAGAGUAGUUAGGGUUCUCGGGAGAGGAAAGAGAGAGAGGGGAGAGAGGAAGAGUUUUUUUUUUUUUUUUGGAAAUCAGAUUAUAUAGAAAAUGAGAAAGGAUCCUGUGUGGUAAGUUUUUCUCUUCCAAAAAUAUCCUUCAUUUAAUCUAAACCGUUAAUUUGAAAAACCAAGAGAGAGGGUGAAUCUAAUGGCUGCGAAGGAGGAAGUGAAAAUCACAACCCCCAUGAGGGUUGUGACGCUAUCUAAACCCGACGAUACAUAAUAUUAAUCAUAUAGCUAUAAUUGAUAAGAAAGUUACAUAAGAUAACUAUGAUUAAUAAAAGAGUUAUUCAAUGCGUGUGUUCAAUUCACUUGUUAGUCUAAUUAAAGCACCAUGGAUUGAUUGAAAUAUCUUGAUCUUGAGUUCAUGAAAACCAUCACGAGCAUCAGGAAAAUAUCACGUACCGACUCCAUCAAAAAAAAAAAUCACGUACCGAGGCCACGGCUCCUGCUCUCCAAACUAUCUGGAUAUGACAUAAUAGCCAAUCAGUUGCUUCCCUCGAUUCAAAAACUUAUCUUUGUUAAUUAAUCUAUCUAGAACAU